UACUGUUCAGUUUUUUAUUGCACCUACAAUUUUCCAUUAGUAUUUGUUAAUAUAGUUCACUGUUUUCGUCAUUCUCAGAAAACUGUUUCAUUCUGAAGUCACUGCCAUGAAGUUUUAACAAAAUAAAGAAACAAGUUACCUGCACAUGAGGAUAGUUAAACUACUUAAGGACCACGUUACUGUGGUCUCUCGUGUGAUAUGUUAACACAAUGGACUUCCAUCAAAAUCUAUGAUACUUAAUUUUAAACACUAGUUUCUGUUCAAUAACUUUUUCAUUUGGUGCUGUAUUCACUAGUCAACAAUAAACAUGUCAUCUGUGAAAGUAGCUGUGAGGGUCCGACCCUUCAACAACAGGGAGAUGAGCAGGGACGCUGAGUGUAUAAUAGACAUGAGUGGCAACACAACUACAAUAACCAACCCUAAGGCCGGCCCUAAAGAUGCUCAAACUAAAAGCUACAACUUUGAUUAUUCCUACUGGUCUCACACUACGCCUGAAGAUCCGAAGUUCGCCGACCAGAAGAAAGUGUAUGAAGAUAUAGGACUUGAGAUGUUAGACCAUGCAUUUGAAGGCUAUAAUGUCUGUAUAUUUGCUUACGGCCAGACUGGUUCUGGCAAAAGUUAUACCAUGAUGGGCAAGAAUGAGCCUGGGCAGGAAGGCAUUAUUCCACAGCUGUGUGAGGAUUUAUUUCACAGAAUUUCAGCCAAGAAAAACAAUGUAGACUGCACAUUUUCUGUUGAGGUGAGCUACUUUGAAAUUUACUGUGAGCGUGUCCGAGAUCUCCUGAACCCCAGCAACAAGAACGCCCUGAGGGUGAGGGAGCACCCCCUGCUGGGUCCUUAUGUGGAGGACUUGUCCAAGCUGGCGGUCCAGUCCUUCGAGGACAUCAACAACCUCAUUGAUGAGGGCAACAAGGCCAGGACGGUGGCUGCCACCAACAUGAACGAGACCAGUAGCCGCUCCCACGCUGUGUUCACCAUCAUCUUCAGCCAGAGGCGCUACGACCCAGACACCAAGAUGGUGGGGGAGAAGGUCAGUAAAAUUAGUCUGGUGGAUCUGGCUGGCAGUGAGAGAGCUGACUCUACUGGCGCCAAGGGCACACGACUCAAGGAGGGUGCCAACAUCAACAAGUCUCUAACUACCCUUGGGAAAGUUAUUUCAGCACUGGCUGAAAUGAGUGCUAUGGACCCAAAAGCCAAAAACAAAAAGAAGAAAGCUGAUUUCAUUCCAUACAGAGAUUCAGUGCUCACCUGGCUACUCAGAGAGAAUUUGGGAGGUAACUCUAAAACAGCUAUGGUUGCUGCCCUUAGUCCUGCUGACAUCAACUAUGAUGAAACCCUGAGCACACUGAGGUACGCAGACAGGGCUAAACAGAUCAUGUGCAAGGCUGUGGUCAAUGAAGAUCCUAAUGCUAAACUUAUUAGGGAGCUGAAGGAGGAGGUGGCUCGUCUCAGGGAGAUACUGACCAGUGAGGGCAUUGACCUUGGCGAAGGACAAAGCAUGCAAGAGUUUUUAGAACAGCGUGGUAGGUCAAGGUCAAGAAAAGAGUCCGUGACCCUGGAAGGUGGGGAUGAUGCCCUAGAAAGGCUGAAGGAGUCAGAGAAACUUAUAGCAGAGCUGAACUUGUCGUGGGAGGAGAAACUUAGGAAGACAGAAUCUAUCAGGAAGGAAAGAGAAGCAAUUCUAGCUGAAAUGGGUGUUGCUCUUAAAGAAGAUGGUGGAACUAUUGGUGUCUUCUCUCCAAAGAAGUCCCCACACUUGGUGAACUUGAAUGAAGAUCCUCUCAUGUCUGAGUGCCUGCUGUAUUACAUCAAGGAAGGAACUACCAGGGUUGGACUUCAUGAUUCAGAUAAAUCCAAUGAUGUUCAGCUGAGUGGCUCAAAUAUUUUGGAGGAACAUUGUGUUUUUGAGAACCAGGAUGGCAAUGUUACACUGAUACCAUGUGAGGGGGCUUUGUGCUAUGUGAAUGGGAGACAAGUGACAGAGCCAGUCAAGAUGAGAACAGGCGCCCGUGUUAUUCUGGGCAAGCAUCACGUCUUCAGGUUUAACCACCCCCAGCAAGCUCGUGCCAGUAGAGCCAUGAUGAGUGAAUCAAUGAUUGAGUCCACAGAUAAUCCAAUAACUGAGCCAGUGGACUGGACAUUUGCCCAGCUUGAGCUGCUAGAGAAACAGGGCAUUGACCUCAGGAAGGAGAUGGAGAGCCGUCUGGUGCUCCUGGAGGAGCAAUACAGAAAGGAGAAAGAGGAGGCGGACUUACUCUUUGAACAACAGAGACAGGACUAUGAGAACCGCAUCCAGUCCUUACAAGAGCAGGUAGAACGUCACUCCAUGAUCUCCAGCGUGGCCACCACAAAUAUCUUUGAUGAAGAGGAACAAGAGGAAGAGGUCCAGUGGAGUGACAGGGAGAAAGAUUUAGCAGCCUGGGCCUUCAGGAAGUGGAAGUACCACCAGUUUACCUCCCUUAGGGAUGAUUUAUGGGGAAAUGCAAUUUUCCUGAAAGAAGCUAACGCCAUCAGUGUAGAGCUGAACAAAAAGGUCCAGUUCCAGUUUGUCCUGUUGACCGACACCCUCUACUCCCCACUCCCUGCUGACCUACUAUCUGCUGAAGACCGAGACGACUCUCGCCCGUUCCCCAAGACCAUUGUAGCAGUGGAGGUUCAGGACACCAAAAAUGGUGCCACCCACUACUGGAGCUUGGAGAAGCUCAGACACCGUCUAACCAUGAUGCGAGAAAUUUACAAUGAAGAUCUCUCCCCGGACACUCCUGAGGCUAAGCAGGACAUAUUCCACUGCCUCUCUGCCUGUGGCCAACAAAACGUAUUUAAUUUUCGCACCCUCAUUCCUUCAAGACAAAGGCUGGAGCUGAUGAGAGAAAUGUACCACAAUGAGGCAGAGUUAUCUCCUACUUCUCCUGAGCCAAACAUAGACAGUAUGACUGGUGGUGACCCCUUCUAUGAUCGCUUCCCUUGGUUCAGAUUGGUUGGGAGAGCAUUUGUCUACCUCAGCAACCUGUUCUACCCAGUACCCCUGGUACAUCGUGUAGCCAUUGUCAACGACAAAGGUGAUGUCAAAGGUUACCUGAGAAUUGGUGUUCAAGCCAUUACAGAUAAAGAUGACAUGCAGGAAUUCUCACCUGGCAUCAAACAGUCUGGAAAUGCCAAGAUCACUUUCAGUGAUGAAGAAUACUUCAACAAGAAACAGGUUCAAGCUACAACCUUCCCACUACCACCAGGGGUAGAUAAGCCUGUAGACACCAUGGUGUCAUCACUGGAGGAGCUUAGAAUUGUGGAAGGGGAAGGGCAGACAAUUGACAAUGCACUGCUUGCCUCAGAAAACCAUCACAUGGAUUCAGACAACAAGACCAACAGUCAGUAUGGAAAGUUUGAUUACUGUCCAGAGAUGAGCACCACUGACCUUCCGGAACAUCUGACCAUUGGGAGCCAGUUCCAGUUUAGGGUCACCAUCCUGCAGGCUUCCAACAUAUCUCCGGAAUACGCGGACAUAUUCUGUCAGUUCAACUUCUUACAUCGUCACGAUGAAGCUUUCUCCACUGAACCACUGAAAAACACAGGGAAAGGCCCUCCAUUAGGAUUCUACCAUGUGCAGAAUUUCACUGUGACAGUGACCAAAUCUUUCAUUGACUACAUCAAGACCCAGCCCCUAGUGUUUGAAGUUCUGGGACAUUAUCAACAGCAUCCACUGCAUGAACAGGCCAAGGACUGUCCAUAUGUAAGACCUCCACCAAGCCGAAGCUUCCCAACAAUGCCAGUAUCAAAACCAGUCCCCUCUCCAAAGUAUGGCAUCAUCGCCCCAUCCAGUAAAACAGAAGAUAGUAAAGAAGAGAAUGUAGAUGAGGAGAAAAAGAGAAAAAGGAAAGAACAAGACAGGUCAUUAAUACUGAAAGUGAAAUCACCAGUAAGAGAAGGCUCCAGCCCAGUCCACUCCCAGUGUGACCUGCUGGUCUGGUUUGAGAUUUGUGAGCUGGCACCAAAUGGAGAGUAUGUUCCUGUGGUAGUGGACCACUCUGAUGAUCUGCCCACUCGGGGCAUAUUUAUGCUGCAUCAGGGCAUCCAGCGUCGGCUAAGAAUCACCAUAGUUCACGAGAAGAGAACCCACUUUGCUUGGAAGGAUGUCCGUGAACUGGUUGUUGGUCGUAUAAGGAACACGCAAGAGUUUUAUGAUUAUGAUAUUGAAACGACUGUGUUAUCCCUGGGACUUUUCCCUGCACACUUCCUGCAGUAUCAGAAUGAUGACAGAGUAUUUUUCCAGUUUGAAGCAGCCUGGGACAGCUCGCUGCAUAACUCCGUCAUGUUGAACAGGGUGACAGCCUAUGGGGAGAAGGUUUAUAUGACACUGUCAGCAUACCUCGAGGUAGAGAACUGUGCCCAGCCUGCCUGCAUCACCAAGGACCUUUGUAUGGUCGUCCACUCCAGAGACACCAAAAUAUCUGCUCCAAGUCCCCGUUUCAGGGCCCUGAAGAGUCUGUUUGGUGUGGCCAGGAACCCUGACUGUGGGAAAGUUUCUGGCAUCUAUGAGCUACUGCUGCGUCAGUAUUCAGAAUCAGGAGUAGAGCGCAGACAGAGGAGAGUCCUGGACACUUCACUGACCUACGUGAGGGGUGAGGAGAACCUGAAUGGCUGGAGGCCACGGGGUGACUCCCUGUUAGGUGACCACCAGUGGGAGCUUGAGAAACUGACCAGACUGCAAUUGGUGGAGAAAACAAGACAUGUGAUUUUGUUAAGAGAGAAGCUGGCAGAACAGAACAAAUCCAUGGAGCUAAGCAAGUUGGACAAGGAGAUUGUCAACAGACAGGCCAAGAUUUCUGGUACUCACCAGGUGCAGAGCCAGCGCAUCAAAGCCUACGACCAAACUGAGCUGAAGUCUGAUGAGAACCCCAAGGAUGUUGACAUCAAGGAGAAGAACACCCAGAUCCUGUGUCGUGGGGAGAGCUUUGAGCUGAAGACAGACGGGGACCCAGAGAAAGAGCUGGCUGCCAAAUGUGUUCGUUACAUGCUGCAGGGUCGCCUCCCUCUAAAACCACCUCCAGUCAAGAUGGACUCCAUGAUGAGCUCAACCACAACUGUUACCUCUGAAGAAAGUGAAGCCAGCUCAGACUCACUGGGCACAAGUUUGUCCAGCUCUAUGGUUUCAGACAUUGUCAAAUCUGUUCCAAUUCAGUCAAGUAAGUCAUGUGACAGCCUGCUGACCACAUCCCCCUCACCUUCAGGGGAGUCGGCUGACCGCAAGCUGUCACUGCCCAUCAAGGCCAUCAACUUGGACACGCCCAUGUUUGUCCCUGACAUUGAAGAGGUCAGGCCCAGCCCGGUUGUGUCACGGAGGGGAUAUCUCAACUUCCUGGAGGACAACACCAACGGGUGGAUCAAGAAAUGGGUGAUUGUGCGCAGGCCAUAUGUGUACAUCUACAACAGUGAAAAAGACCCAGUAGUGCGAGGCAUCAUCAACUUGGCCACAGCUACCAUUGAAUAUUCAGAGGAUCAACAAGCUCUGCUUAAGACACAAAACGCUUUCUCUGUGAUGACCAAGCAUAGAUGUUUCCUGCUGCAGACCAUUGAUGACAAGGAUUUCCAUGACUGGCUCUAUGCCAUCAAUCCUUUGUUGGCUGGUCAGAUCAGAUCAAAACUAUCCCGCAGAAAACAGCCAAUGAAAAUUUAAAUCACUGUUGCAUCACAGUCCAGCCAAGAUGGGUGUCAAUGUGGUCAUCUUGUGUGACCAGCGACCACCCCAGUGCUCUCACCCUCAUCACUCUCAUCUCAUGAGUCGUACAGAUAAACUUUCUUUGGUCACUUCAAUAACAAUGUGUUCUCUGGGUCAGGGGGUCAAGGGGUCAAGGGAACAGCUAAAAGUAUUUGUUGACAACUUGUUUUAAUCCACAGUGAUAUGGACAACCAUUUUUUUUUUUGACAGGAAGUUGACAAAAUUGUCACCUUACUAGUUUGUGAAAUCAAAGAUUGGACAUUUUAGGAAAUGAAAAACAUAUUUAACUUAUGUUGAAAAAAAGAAGUGGAAAUUUAAAGUAGUUUUUUGAAAAGAAAUUAUGUAAUUAAAAAAAAUAUAAUUUAAAAAACCUGGGCUGUGAAUAAUCAAAAAAAAAAAAAAGAGAAUUUUUCUGUAAUAUGUUCCAGAUUCAGCAUUUUGGGAUUUAAAAAAACAACAACUUGUUCAGAAAACCUUUUUGGUUCAGCCCAACAUAGCUAUUUAGCAGGGGAGUGAAUCCACUGUUACUUCCAUUCAUGACGACAAAAGUCCCAAGGUUUCACACCAUCCAUUGUUAUAUUUCUUGUUACUCUAUGUGCAAUACCAUCAGUCUGGUGUAGCAAGCUUGUGCUAACUUAAUGUUGUCUUGGACAGUCUUUUUUUUUCUAUGUGUAACAUCCAUUAGAUCCAUCUUUUAAAAAAAAAUGUAUCCAUAUGUAUUAUUCUUAACAUGGUAUUUCAUUUUCAAAUCAUGAAGUAUAUUAUGAAGUCGGUUAUUAGUGUGCUAUCUUUACAAGCGGGUAAUUAUUUUAUUUAACAAAUGUCUGCAUAAUUAAAAAAUUUAAAAAUUCCGAGAAGGAUAAAAUUCUGGUGAACAAGUCCAGGUGCUCUUUCAUUGCUACCUCGGUAAAAGGUAUCUGAAAUUUUUAAAACUCAAACCCAUUAAGGAUGUAUUCUAGGGAUACCUUUACAAGAUAAAUCAAUUGAGCUGUUAAAAUCUGGGUACUAUACAAUUAAAUAGAUUUCAGUAGACACGUAUACUGUUAAAGUUUAGAUGGAAUACACAGGUCUAUGUGGGAUGUUUUAUAUGGGUUCAUACGCAGGAUUCUACUGAGCUAUGUUGAUACAUGAUUUGAAAGUUUUUGAAAAACUACAGCAUACAAGAUUUGUUAAAACAUUCUCAAUGCCUUAAAGUUGACAGAACUAGUCUGCAGUUUCUAAAUGGAACAUUCUGCUCAAAUUUUAAAAAAAAGUAAACACUGUACUUUUAAAAAAAAUAGUGUUGUUAAUGUAUCUUUUUUAAACUUUUAAAAUUGUAUUGUGCCUUGAGAAUAGGCAGGAAUUUUGAGUCAUUACUUUAGCUGUUAAUAUCAGCUUUAAUGUGACAGAAUUGGGUUAUGCAAGCAGAAUAUUUUUAUCUUGUUUAAAAUAUAGUACCCAGAUUUUAAUCAGCUCAGUGAAAUCAUGCUAAAGUUUCAUACAAUGUAUGUAAUUUCAGACUAAUUUUUCCACCAAUCUGGUUCAAUUGCAUUUUUCUGUACCUUACAAGAAAAAAUUCACAUGGUGUGUAUUAAUGGAAAUUUUGAAUCAAUCUUUAGAUCUAUGAUAAAAUCUAGAUUUUUGUUUAAAAAUAAUUUCUUUUCACCACAAAGGAAAUAUUUUUCUUUUUAAGCUGGAUAUAUAUUACAUGUAACAUAUUUAGGGUGGGAGCGGUUUUUAAAAAAUCUUAGUAUCACUAACUAAAUAUUGCUGUAGGUACGGCUUUCAUUAUCGAUGUGACGAUUAGAUUUGUAUAUAUAAUUCACCAUCAUUAAUUUAUUUUCUUCUUUGGAAAAAUAAGAAUCCUGUUUUUUAAUUGUGGUGUUCCUGUAAUAAUUUUUCGGGCGAGUAGGUCUUUGAGUGUGUCUUAUAGGAGUUGUGAAUUUUUUUGUUUAUCCAUGGUAAAAAUUAUUGAUUGUUCCAUGCCUUUUUGGAAAUAUUUUACUUGUCCCAUGUACUUGUUUUUCAACAAGGUUUAGAAUUCCAAAUUUUUAUUGGCUGUGGGUGUUAACAUUCCUAAACCUGUAGAGGUGUGUACUCGUGUAGCUACUUUCAUUCCUCCCACUCUUAUAAAGUAGAGAAAUAAGUUUUUAAAAUAUAUUUCUGUGUACAGUGACCUCUCGCCCAGUAAAUUUUUUUUGUUUCGUUUCUUUUUAAAGAACUAACAUUGCAUCUCUGGCUGUGAUCUUGUAAUUUUGCCUCUGUAAUUUAUGUACAGUUUUAUUUUUGUGUGCGCUAUAUUAACGUCCAGGCCUGAAUACAUGCAAGCAGAAACUGUAAUUCUAGUGGUUUGAUUAGAAGCUAAGCAUAGCAGUUUCAUUUCUAAAUAUUUUCACAUUUUUAAAUCUAUCAUCAAUAAUUAGAAAAUUAAAAUACCAAAUUUUUUGUAAAAAAAUAAAUAAAAGUGAUGUUAAAGGUAAACAUCUUAACUUAGGAAAUUAAUUCAUCAGAAAAUGAACCUGAGUUCCAAUGCAGCUUAACUCUAAUCAAACCACAAUGUAAUUUUAAUGUUAAUUAUUUUAGCUUUAGUUUAGAAUUAGUUUUUUUCCCCAUUUUGAUAAGUUUCCCAAAAAUAUUAAUUCAGUGUUAGCUCUCAGCUCCAUGUAGCUUCAUCGACCAUAAUUCAGCAAACUUUUGUUUCCAUUUUUCAUAAAAAAUAAUACUACGAUCAAGUAUUAAUACAUCAGAUAUGUUUCAUCAAUCGGUUUUCUAGUAUCUGCGGACAAAAAUUGUUCAAAAAGUUAAAAAACUUGAUGCAAAAUGAGUCUAGACAAUUCACUUUGGUAACUCAUUUCAGAAUUACUUUUCAAGAAGUUUUAGUGUUUGAAUAUUUGGUGUACACAGACAAUUUUCUGUGUCUGUAUAAUAUUUCAUCUUAAUAGUUGUGUAACUUGUGUGUAGUUAUCGUAUAUAUAAAUAUAUAUAAAACACUCGUACGCACAGGCGUACAUUCAUUUUAUGUCCAUGUAUAUUAAACAUUGUACAUUAGUAACUGGUGUAUUAUUGUGACAAAAAAAAAAUCAAAUGAACAACUUACAUUGAAUAACUUACAAUCCCCCCCACCCCCUUCAUCAACACACAGUGAUCUGGUGUGUUCUUUGUAUCUGCUUCUUAUCUUAUGUUUAGAGAUUUGUUUUGUCCUCUCACUGUGAUCUUGCAUGUCUAGACACAUACUUUAUAACCAUCAAAGUUGUGCUGCAUACAUAAUUUUCCAUGCAGAGAUUUUUUUUCUGGAGAGUUGUGGUUCCUGGCACACUACAAUUGGCCAGAUUUUUUAGGGAAGUGAUGCCAGAUGAAAUCUUAGUCUUUUAAUUGCGGUGGAGAGAAUUUGUAUUUUUUAAAUAAUUUAGCAGAGCUUGUCUUUUUUUUGAGGUUAGAAAAUAUCUAUUUUUAAAAUGCCUUUUGAAAAAGAUAUGCCACAGAUGUUUGGAGGUGUUAAUACGAUCUUACAAAAUUUCAUGCCUAAAGUUUAAUUGCAAUCACAAAGAUUAGGCAUAAAAUACCAUGUACCAGAUUGUUUAUGAAAACAAAAACAAGCAAACUCUGCUGUAGAAUUUAAAAGAAAAUUUUCUGGUUAAAUUUCUUUCUGGUGUUAAAAAUCCGUUUCACCAUCAGUUGUGGUCUUGUGAUGGGUAGCAAUAUUGUGCUAUUGUUACUGUUGUUUUUUUGGUGGAAAUUUAAAAAAAAAACUAGGAUGAUCCAUUGAAAGCCACAUUUUUGGUUCUUUGUGAAGGAUAGCGUUUUUAAAAUCGCUAUUACUCAGGGGAAGUAAGCCGUUUGUGAUUUUCCGAGUUCUUUCAUUACCUGUUAUUUACUUUGAGUGUGGCUUUCAAUGGCAGUCAUGAUUGGUUUUUUAUCUUCUUUGUGAUGUCUAUUCCAAGUCGUGCAAUAUUAGAUCAGUGAAGUUUUAAUGGUUAUCUGCCCUUUGUACACCGUGAGCACUUCAUCCUACAAGUCACGUGCACACCCUCAUCCCAUUGGUUCCUUCCGUGGCUCCAGUUCUGUUGGAUUAUGUCCCUUUAUGUUGGCUUCUGUCUAUUCAGCAAAAUGUAUGUUUUUUUUUGGUUGUUUUUUUCCCAUUUAUUUCACAUGUUUUUAUUUAAAGAACUGACGUUCAUUAAAAAAAACAACUAAAUCUUAUAAAAAACAAAACAAAGUAAAUGAAUUAUAAUUGUACUGAUUUUGCUCAUACAGAUUUUUGUAGCUCUUUUUUGUAAAAAAAAAACUUUUUAUAAAUUUGUAACAUGACUGUAUUUUAAAAUUAUGUACAAGUCAAAAUAAUAUUCUACUUAGGCAAUGCUAUUUGUAGCAAGUCAGAUAAUGCCCUUCUAAAUUAGAAAUCAAAUUUGUAUCAAUAAUUAAUUCUGAAAUUAUGCUAUUUAGUCAAUAAUCUCUAUCCUUGAAAAUGAUAUUAUGUAUUAUAGUUUCCUAAAUUAAGAAAGUUUUUUUUACAGUAAUAUUAUAAGGAAAACGAGAAAACAUUAUAAUUUGAGACUUUAAAAACCAAUCAAAAUCUAACUUAUAUGAUCACAUAUCAGUACUUAAAAAUUUCAUUACAUUUUAAACAGCCUAUACAAUUUGAACUCAGCGAGUGCUAAAUUUAUUUUAAACAUUG